UUGCAUUUGAGAAAUAAACUAUUGUUUGUUUGAAAGAAUACUUGCGUCCGUGCCGGAUUUUUAUAGAAUGUCAUUCCCAAAUCCCGAGACUCAUAAAUUGGAUAAUUUUGGUUUUAUUGAUUACAAACAACCGCUAAAUAAACAACAAGAUAUGAGAACAUCAACAUAUUUUGGCAACAAAUACAUGACAGAUACAAUGUUAGGCAAUACGAUAAACUGCAAAUUUAAGGAGACGCCACCAUAUAGAGAAGAUGUUACACUGGCGAUGCAUAGACAAAGCGAUUACAAAACGAACUACACAUGGAAGUUUGGAGAUCCCAAUGAAGUUCGUAAUCCCACCUUGGCUAAAAUGGAUGGUAUUAAACCCUUUUAUGAAUGCAAAAUGAAGUUCCUAACACGACCUAUGGUCCCGGCUGCAAGCGUUUCGCAUUCUGAUUAUUUGUGGAAUCCAGAGCCUACAAAAGAACCUCCUAUCCAAAUGCAUCUACCCACCGCUGUGGCGGCCACAAAGAUAUCAAUUGAUCGUGCCAAACCGGGAUAUAGCAAAUAUUUAGAUCCUUCCGCAACUACAUCCCGUUUAGACUAUUGCCAUAGAAGUGCUCAGGAUGUAAUGAGUGGCAUUGCAGCCAAAGAUAAUAUAACAUUUUGGAAUUGGAGAAACAUGGAAUAUCGCACAAAAAAGGUUUUCCCGGCCAAAGAUCCACAACAAUGUGAUAAAUUACAAACGAAUGAAUGUGUCAAAAGGCGAUGCGAGUUUCCAAGUCUUGUUAAGCCUGUACCAAACACCGGCAUGACCACUGAGGUUCGAGAUAAUUAUAUUGCACCAUUUGAAAAUGCAAUCGAAUAUGAUACAACUAACAUACAAAAUAAUUUUACACAUACCUCAAUAGUCCCAUUUGCCAAAAAAUCUGAAUACAAUAUUUUUGGAUCCGGAGAAUGUACUAACAAAUAUGUCUAAACUUAUUCCUGCAAAUUUACAUAAUAAAACACUCAAUUCAAAUCAUUUUAAAUUUAUUAUAACAAUAUUGUUGUUUAUA